AUGGCACAUUCUAUUCAUCCUAAUUAUCCUGAAAAACAUAAGGAAAAUCACAAAAUUAAACUCAAUGAAGGUGUUGGAAUCAAAGUUAAUCAUAAUCAAAGAUAUUGUACAGAUUCUAUUAGUGGAGCUAUUAUUAAGGCUAUUGCAGAAAAGUCUUAAGUUCCUUAUUAGGAGUUUGUAGUAAAAAACGAUAGUCCUUGCGGGUCUACUAUUGGGCCUAUUAUUACUACUAAUUCAGGAAUUAAAGGAUGUGAUAUAGGAUGUGGAUAAUGGGGAAUGCAUUCUAUUAGGGAAACUUGUGGGGUUUUAGAUACUGUUUAUUAUGUAGAGUUAAUGGGAGGGUUUUUUUAAAAUUAUGAAAAGAUUGCUCCUUCAUUAUUAAAAUGUUGA